AUGGUCUUACUCCUAUUUUAUGAUGCUGCUGCCUUUGUAGAAGACGAGAAACAUGCCUUAAUUCAGAGCAAUUGGUGGAGUUAUCAUUAUACCAACGAUAGCUACCACAACAUCGCUGUCAACCCUUGUGAAUGGGAGGAGAUAACUUGCAAUGAAUUUGGAAGUAUUACCAAGCUUUGGAGACCAAUUAUCCCUCGAAAGCAGCCUCGCCUUGUAGAUCUUAACUUAACCGCAUUUCCUAAUCUAGAAUACCUAGGUCUAUUUGGAAUGGGGUUGGUGGGUAUCAUUCCAACUCAGAUUGGAAGUCUUCACAAUCUUAUUGAUUUGGACUUGUAUAAUAACAAUCUUACUGGUAUCAUUCCGACUCAGAUAGGAAAUCUUUACAAUCUCAUCUACUUGUUCUUGGAUGAAAAUAAACUUUCUGGUAUAAUUCCGACUCAGAUAGGAAGUCUUCAAAAUCUUACCUAUUUGUACUUGGAUAAAAAUAAACUUACUGGUAACAUUCCAAUUCAGAUUGGAGCUCUUCAAAAUCUCAUAGAUUUAAGCAUGUCUAAUAAUAACCUUGUUGGUGAGUUUCCUACUAUACUUACCAACCUCCCUCAAUUAGAAAGGUUGGAUUUGAGUUCCAACAACAUUUCUGGUCAUUUUCCUAUAAUAAAAGAUUUGACACAUUUGGAUUAUUUCAAUUUAUCAAAUAACAAGAUUUGUGGAAGCAUACCACGAGAAAUUGGAAAUCUCUCACUCCUACAAUCUCUAGAUCUCUCACAAAAUAAGCUUAAUGGAAGUUUACCAAGCUUCAAGUCAAAUUAUCUUUUCGUGGCCAACUUUAGUCACAAUAAGAUAAGUGGCAAUAUACCAAGUAACUUGUGCACAUAUUCAAAUAUGCCAUAUGUAGAUUUGAGCUAUAAUAAUAUCAUUGGUAAUAUACCAAAAGAACUUGGUCAGCUAAAAGUCAUCAACUUCUCAUACAAUUCCCUUACCGGCCAUGUCCCAAGGGAAGUAUAUUGCAAAUUUCCUCAUGACAUAUUAUAUGGUAACAAAGAGUUACUUGGUCUAGAGAAGAAUCAAUCUUGCUCCAAUCAUAAAAAUAUGUAUUCUUACAUGAAGAUCAUUCUUCCCAUGGUAGUUUUUUUUAUCAUCGUCCUCUUUGUUUUUGUCCUUUUUCGGACUUUGAAGAAGAAUAAGAAAACCAAAAUUGAGAGAAGAGAACCAAAGAAUGGAGAUUUAUUUUCCAUAUGGAAUUAUGAUGGUAAAAUUGCAUAUGAAGAUAUCAUUAAAGCAACAGAGGACUUUGACAUCAAAUAUUGUAUUGGAAUAGGUGCCUAUGGAAGUGUUUACAGGGCACAACUUCCAAGUGGGAGAAUUGUUGCAUUGAAAAAACUUCAUAGAAGUGAAUAUGGAAAUCCAUCUUUUGCUAAAAGUUUUCACAAUGAAGUGAAGAUGUUGACUGAAAUUCGACAUCGUAACAUUGUAAAACUUCAUGGUUUUUGUUUGCACAACCAAUGCAUGUUUCUCAUAUAUGAAUACAUGGAAAGAGGAAGCCUCUUUUAUGUAUUGAGUAAAGAAGAUGAAGCUAAAGAGAUGGAUUGGAGCAAGAGGGUAAAUUCCAUUAAAGGAAUAGCAAAUGCUUUGUCCUACAUUCAUCAUGAUUGCACUCCUCCAAUUACACAUCGAGACAUAACAAGUAGUAAUGUAUUAUUAAACUCAAAGAUGGAGUCUUUUGUCUCAGACUUUGGCAUAGCUAAAAUCCUUGAUCCUAAUUCAUCCAAUCAAACUCUUCCAAUGGGUACAUGUGGUUAUGUAGCUCCAGAGCUUGCAUACACCUUAGUUGUGACAGAAAAAUGUGAUGUUUAUAGUUUUGGAGUGGUAGCGUUAGAAACAAUCAUUGGAAGGCAUCCUGGAGACUUAAUACUAUCUUUGACAGAGAUAUCUAGUAAAAGCAUUUUGCUAAGAGAUGUCAUAGACUCACGUCUCCCACUUCCUUUACGAAGAGAUGCUCAAGAUGUGAUUUUGUGUGUCACAAUAGCACUAGCAUGCUUGCACCCCUCACCAAAAUCUCGACCAUCAAUGAAGCAAGUCUCUCACAAGCUUUCAUUUUCCAACCUUGCAUUAACUAUUCCAUUCAAUGAUAUUUCAUUCCAAUAUUUAAUGAACCAUGAUGUACAUAUAUUAUAGUAAAAUGCUAGUGAAAGUUU